AUGGAAGUGCCAGUAAUGAAGAAUAAUUUGACCAAGGAAUUGGUGUUAUUCACAUUGUACGCUACGAUAUCUCCAACAUUUGGAUUAAACUGCGAGGCUUGGACGGAAGAUGAUUACCCUCCAUUUAUACCAGAAGCGGAAGAAGCUCGAGAAGAAUAUUGUGGUCUCGUUGAUAAUCCGGAAUUGUCCAGAAAUGAAUUAAACGAUAUGAUCAAAAAAUGGGGAGCAAAAUAUGGAGUUUUGGUCAGUAUUGGAUAA